AUGGAUGAAGAACACACCAUAACGCUGAACCUGGGAUCUUCACCCGACCCGCUAAUAGAUCCGAUUCUCAGCCCACCGAUGCUGCCGCCGUCGCGCGUCAAACCACGAGCCCAACCCGCCGCGCGACUUUUAUCCAUUGCGAGAUCGCCUAGGAAACGAACCUUUGAGCUCGACAUUGGCAGCCCCGUUUCGCCACAGAGGCUGCUGGUGACUGUCCAGGCUGAGGACGAGGUGAAGAAUACAAAGGGCAUAAAGCGCCGGCUUUUCCAAUCGCCGACGCCGAAACGGGGAGUUAUGAGGGGAGGAGGGGAUGUUACCACUACCGUGGUGCCGGUGCGCGGUCUGAGUGAUGAUGAGGGCGUGACGCCGCGGAGGAGAGGUCGGCCACGGAAAUCUGGGACGCCGGUACCUACGACGCGACGAAAACGACCUGGUACACCGGGAGCGAAGGCUGUUGUUGCGAGAGGCACGUCUCGAUCGCCACAAAAGUCCCCUCAGAAGCAGCAGCCACUAGACGAAGAUGCGCUGGAACAUAUCGAGGCGACGCCGCGACCCGUCAGCCUGUUGAAGAGGCCGGCGAAACGAAAGUCGAUGACACCCGCAAAAGAGGAUACCCAGCCGAGAAAAAGAGGACGGCCGCGGAAGAGUCAGGUUCCUGCCGAGAUGAAUAUGGGCAGCAUUGCGGAAAUACUACAGCAGGACAACGCUUCGAGAUUACCACCAGUACAACAUGACUUUUUCGGCCGGGAUCAAUUUACGGCAGGGGAGGUUCACGACGAUGAUGGUGCAGGCGACAUGGAGGAUGAUAUCUGGCUUGGGACCCUUUCGUCGCCUGCCGCGCAGAGACUCCGGACGAGUUUAAGCAAUCGAUCUCCCCCGAAGGAACCAUCACCAGCACCAGAACCCGAGCCUGAAGCAGAACCGUCCCCAGAGCCGGAACAACAACCACAACCCGAGCACUCCGAAGGUGAUUUCGAUGAACAAGGAGAGUGGGGCGACAUGCACGAUGGACCCGAGGACGAUUACGAUGAGGGCGAUUACAUGACAAGUCCGGUUCGUGAUUUGGGGGAUGCUCAGGAUACCAUGGCGGGAGCGGAGGACUUUACAGAGGUCCCGCUUGCCGAGCUCAGGUCUCUGAUGAAUUCCAGUAUGAUGGCCGGGCAGGAACAACAGCAAGAGGAAGAGCUCGGUGAAGCCACAAAAGUCAUUAUUAAGAAUGGUAUCGACUAUCUUAGGCAGGGUCGAGGGACUGCGGCUAGGGAGGGCUCACAAGAGGCAGUACAAGAGACAGGGGAAAAGCAUGAUUUCGGGUUUAGUGUCGGGCCAGGGCGGACAUCUCAACUGGAAGCUGCUGAGCCAAGGAAGCCAUUUGACUUUGGUUCUAGUUUUCACCCUGGACAGAGCACUCAAAUGCCUUCUGUGCGCCGACGAAGGGAGACCAAUUUCAACUUCAGUGUCGGGCCUGAGAAACCUGCUGCAUCUUCUCAUGCUGAGCAACUGGAGGGACUCGAUUUCGGACAAAGCAUUCAAAAAUCCCCCACUCCACCACGGAAGAACUUUGAUUUUGAUUUCAGCAUUUUGCCGGGUGAGAACACGGCUGCUGAGAGGAGAAGCGAGUCUGCUUCCAGCUCCCCUGUUGGACAACAAGAAGCAAAGGCUGCUGAGAGGGCAGCUGUUAUGCGGAGGGAGGUGGUUGGUUUUGGUUCUAGCAUUGGACCAGUGCAGAAAGCUGACACUUCUUCCUUUGAAGUGAAGAGCAGAUCAUUUGAUCCUGAUUUUUUUAGUGACGAGUCUAGGGAACAGAGCGCGGAGCCAAGGCAAGGUUCUGAAGAGCCCAGGCGAUACAGCGAGGAGCCAAGGCGAGAGUCUGAGGAGCCACGACAAGAAAGCGAGGAACCCAGGCAUGAGUCUGAGGAACCGAAACAAGCGUCUGAAGAACCGUCACAGAAAGAACAGUACUCUAGGUCGAGGCCCGACCCAGACUUUGAGUUCAGUGAUGGGCCUGUUCCGCAACCUGAGCCGGACCAGGAUGUGCAGCCAGAAAGACAAUGGGCCGAGACCUCAGGAUAUUCAGCAACCGAGCAGCAAGAUGACCCAGGACAAGAACCAGACCGGGAGCAACCCAAGCCUUACAAACGACCUUACAAACGAUUGCCACCCCGUCCCAGUGAGGUCGAAAUCCGAGCUGAAGUCGAAGCCGAGGAUGAACCCGCAGACGACUCCGAUGCUUGGUGGAACCGAGUUCCAGAAAAGCCGAAGCCAAUAAAGAAGCCAAAGUCACUACUCGGGAAGUUGAUCCGCAAGGCUGCUCGUCAACGGACAGAUUCGGCCAACACAACGCAGGAACCAUCGCCUGCCGACACAUCAAACCUGAGUGGAGAAGGGGAUUCCUUCUCUACCUUGCCCGAUGAAGUGUAUGCCGCUGCAACUCCAGGCCAACACGUUGAACCGCAGCUUGAAGAGCAACAUGACGACGAAGUGCGCGAUGGAGAAAGAGAGGAGGAACCGGACAAUGACGGAGGGGAAGAGGAAGCGCAGGCCGCGAGCCACCCAAUCCAGCCGUCUAUUGAGCGGCCUUCACCAGUGAAUCACUCCAUCCCCCACCUUGAAUCGAAUAGGCUGUUGACACCUGAUGAGACACCAUCCCCAAUACCCUCCGAGGCUGAAGGCGAUGGCGUAGACGAAGAUGCAGGGAACGUUUCACCCAACCAACCCGCACAGCCGAAUGUUCAGGUCGAGAUGCCCUCUUCCCCACCUGCCAGUGACCCUAGCCCGCCGGUCCCUGUUGCCCGCCUGCCGCAGCACACCAGAACAAAGUCGAACGAAACCCCAGCCGAUCAGCUGUCGGACGUGGCACCUCUACCGAGAACAGACUUGAAUGUACAGUCACUAAACCUAGCGCCCCCAGGAUCGCAGCCCCGGCCUAGCCUUUCACCCAUAGUACGUGCCGGCCGAGUUUUGCAGCUUGUGACAUCCGAUCCGCCCUCGCCCCCAGGGAGAGACAGUGUACUGCGGAGUCCAUUUCGGGGAUCGUUUGAGAAGUCGAGCCAGUCCCCCGCGCCCUUUAUCUCACAGCCCCGAGCCACCCGCUCCCCGUCGCCGCAGCGUACUGACACCGCCCAGGAGAAGCAGCAGGACCGACCUUGGUUUAGAGGACUGCAGCAGAUUAAGAAUUUUGUUGCCGAAACAGCCAAGAGUUUGUCACCCACCCGGAUUUCGAAUCCCAGGCCAGAACCUGAGCAGGAGCCUGAGGAGGAACCCGAGGAGGAUCUUCAGGAGACCCCAAGUAGAAGAAGUUCUGGGCGUGAGGCACGUUUUAGUGAGCCUGAGGUUGACCCAGAAGCUACCGUUAGCGCUCCCAAUUCUGCGAUCGCUGAACCAGCACGACGUCGGGCUCAAGAGCGAGCCGAGCCUGCGCGCACAAGCAAUUUUGGUUUCCGGGGGUCGUUUACUUCUAGCCGAAAUCACGAGACUACAGACAGGAGACCACAACAAAAAGCGACUCGUCUGCCUGCCAAAAAACCGACACCCCAGCCUGAACCGGAGCCUUUCACUAUGGACCCUGUUAACACACAGCAACCAGAGCAGCCGGCUCAGGAAGAGGAAGAUGAUGCUGAUUUCUGGCUCGAGGCUGGUGGCGUCACCCCUUUCGCUCCAAGAGUGGUGCCCCCGCAGAUCAAAGCACCUGUUGUUGAGUCCCGGCAGAGCAGCAAGAUCCCGACUCUGGGGAGGAGUAUCAGCCGUCAACAACAGAGGGAUGGCCAAGAAAAUCAGCUUCGCUCUUCACGGAAUUCUCAGAUUGAUGACGCUUAUGAAAUCGAACAAGAGUCCAGUUCUAUUCUGGAACAGCUUGACAAGCGGCCGGCCGUCAAACCCACCCCAGCUCCGGCGAGGACCAAUCUGAGCGGCUUUUUUUCAUCACCAGUCUUGUUGCCUGGCCAAGAGACGCCCGGUAUGGGGUUGUUCAAGCCAUCGCGGCGAGAGCCAGCCAACAACCUGGUGCAACAGCAACAAAAGGAACGGAAGAAGCUGCGACAACCGGAUAAUAGCUUGUUUGCUCAUUUGGUGGAGAUUGAGGAACAGCAAAAUGAAAGUGUUACUGCUGAAGCAGUCACUGAGAAGCAACCGGGUUUCGGGAAUGCUUCGCAGAACGUGGAGGUGCCGUCUGGCGCACAUGAUGAUAGCCUUGAAAGCAUCGAUGGCGGUUUAAAAGGCAAGGAAAAGGACAGAGGACGGAGGUCCACUUCCGCUCGUGCUCAGGAGAUCAUGGAGAAGCGGUUGGCCAGGAUCACGGAAGGUCAGAGGAAGGCGAAGGAGCAGAUGACAGCAGCCUCUACAUCGCAGUCAUUUGCAUUGCAGCCUUCAACAUCGCAACCCUCUGCAUCUCAGCCGUCUGCAGCGCAGCCGUCUACAACUCAGCCAUCCACUUCUCGGACGGAUAACACGGCCGAUCAAGCAAAGACGAGCAUUCGGGCCAAGGGCAAAGAGCCAGAACGAGCGCCCAUCCCCGCCCCUCGGCCCCCCUCUCCCGUCGAGCCUCAAGAGAAACCGAAUAAGAUCCCCCAGCUUCGAAACUUUGCGCCCCGCAGACGAGAAUUUGGAGAAAACACCCUCUUCCAACCACAGACAGGGCCCGCCAAAGCAGCAGCCCCCCCGGCCACCACCAAUGUGCUCAACCCAGACAACAGCCAAGUCGGCCGCUUCUUUGAGGAAAGCCGUCAGUUGAUUGAGCCUCAAAAGAAACGUCGGCAGCGGGUACGGGCUCAGAACGGUCAACAAAUCUCGGCCGAGGUUUUUUCUAGUCCAAAAACUACGCCCCCGAGACAUGAGCCGAACCGAGCGGCGUCUCCUGCCAAAUCCUCGUUUCGAUCGCCGCUCAAGGGGAGGACUCCCGGGCCGGUUGUCGAGUUUACGAGUAGUACGCUCUCGCCGUUGCCGCGCGAGAGGCGGGCAAACUCAUCGCAGAAGACGAGGCAAUCUCGGAGUCAGAAGCAAGGUGCUGGAGAAGGUGGAAUUGGUGAGCGGACUGGGGCGGACAACCGUCGUGAGGAGCCGGUGGUUAGCUACCCUGAGCUUCCUGAGCCACAGCCUGAAGCCAGUGAAGAGGAAGAGAAUGGGCGGCAAGCUGAUCCUUUCUCGGAUACCUCUCAGCAGCGAAAAGAUCGGGAGUUGAGAGAGCAGCAGGACCGGCAGGGUUGGAGGGCACAAGAGUUGGGACCGCCGCUGCACUAUGGGAAGGCGUCGUUUGAGCAGAGACUUCAUCAGGCCAAGGCGCAAGAACCGGAACAGAGACCGAGGGGGGCUACGUGGGAGGGGUAUGGCCGGGAAGUGGAGGAGCAGCCGUCAGAGCUGGAUUGGGAGGCAAUUGGGGAGCAGGAGCCUGAUCAGGGUCAUUACGAUGAGGAUGGUGAAGACAGGGACCAAGAGCCUACCCCUCCUCUGUCUGAACAGGACCAGCAGCGGUAUGAACCGUAUCAGCCUCGGCAACGUGAUUACCAGGGGAGGGAUCUUGAGCCUGUUGAGGAAGAGGGUUACUCGGAUGAGGAAGAAGAGGGAGAUUACGAUCACCAUCAACAGGGCACCUACGCUCAGGAGGGUGACUACGAUCACGAGGAUGACUAUGACCAUGGCGAUUACAACCAAGAAGACGACCAUGAUCAUCAUCAACAGGGCGAACACGGCCAUGAACAAGAGCAAGAAGAAGAAGAACCCCCCCAAUCCUUCUUCCCCAAAUUCUCCCUCCCCUCCCUCCCCAACCCCCUUUCUCUCCUCUCCUCCCUCGUCCCCACCACCACCUCUCCCCCCCCAAAUGACCCCCUUAAAGGAUGGGGAAUCCCCAACUGGGAACUCCUAGACCAAUGCCUCACCCUCCACCGCCAACACCGCCUCCCCAUUCUCCCCUUAUCCGACGUCUCAAAAUCCUACGUCGGUCUCGUCCCCUCAAUCGGGGAACCACAAGAAGCAAUGACGAUUGAGGUCUGGCACUUGCAGAUAGUAGAGUACUACAAACAUGUUGUCUUGCACACCCGAGGAGAAGAAGAUAAAUGGACGGAGUGGGAGCUUGUACGGAUGUUAUUUGCUGUGCUGAUAGGGGAGAUGAGAAGACGGGAUAGGAAGGGGAUGGAGGAACGGAGGAGGAAAAGGGAGGAGGUAAAGAAGGAGAGGGAGAGGAAAAAGAGGGGGUGGUUUAGCCUUGGAGGGGUGUUUGCUGGUGGGGGGAAGAAGUAUAAGGUUGAAAAGCCGAAGAGGAAAGAGAGGAGCAGGAGGUGA